AUGCAUUUUUAUCUGUGUUCUGCGCACAUCCUCCUUUACGACACAGAAGACAGCGUUUUGGAGCAGUUCGAUUGCAUACACUACACCGCAUACGAAGAGCGAGUUUCCUAUUGUCGUCGAGUACGCACGGGAACGUUCACGAUUGGAUGGGAAUAUACUUCAUGUCUCAACGAUGGUACUAUGUGGACUUUUAAAGAAUUACUUGACGGAAAAAAGAAGCCAAGCGAUGUACUAAGUUGGAGUUCGAGUGUUGAAAGGGCGGAUAAUUACGCUAGUCUUUACUAUAAUCGUUCCUGGAAAUGUAGUGAAUGUUGGUUAUGCCAGUGCAAACCAGGAACGUUCGGUACUUUUUGUCAAUAUCAACUUACUCAUGAAGCUCAUUCAUUUGAAGAAAGUAUCAACGCACAAUUUCAACAGAAAGAAUCUGAUCGAUGGGGUAUUCAACAGCACGGUAAUAUUCUUUGUUAUGUAACACUAAAAUGCAAUCAUGGUCAAUUGUGCUUGGAUUGGAGAGACAUCUGCGACGGUUACCAACAAUGUAUACACGGUCUCGACGAAGAAAACUGUGAUUUACUUGAAUUCAAUGAAUGUGAAGUAGAUGAAUACCGAUGCGACAAUGGAAUGUGUAUUGCUGAAGAGUUUUGGCUUGAUGGAGUUCUCAAUCCUUUCAAUAUCACUGGAGACAACAGAUAUCCAAGUAAGGAUCUAUCUUACCGAAACAUUUCCUACAUAUUUCGAAUCAUUUUAGUUGAAACAGAUUGUAUGGAUUGGACGGAUGAGACUUGGGGACCCAGCGGCUAUUGGUGUCCUACAAAUCCACGUAAUAUAGAAUGUGAUGAACAUGUAACACCGCUUCAUGCAUGGUCCUGUGGAGAUGGUCAGUUUAUCGAACGGGGAGAGCGCAUGGCAUUUCAACAAAUCAUACCACCAGAGGAUACAUGUUAUAAUCUGAGAAAUCUAUAUUAUCUAUGCGAAUCAGCUCGACCUAAUCCAUUAUGGACGUUUAGGAAUGGUAUGUGUAACAAUCAAGUUGGGUAUGAUGAUCUAUCGCGGGAUAUGAACAUGCAAUUAGACAAUACAACAAGAUGUGCGUACGUAAUUCGAUGCGGAUUAUCUAACGGAUUUGAACGUGAUUGCCCUUGUAAUUAUAAAAAUUGUUCAUCAAUACUGACUACUGUUUGUAACAGAGAAUUAACCUAUACGUUAUCAGCAAGCAUUAUUCGACCAUAUAUUCAAGGAUAUUAUCAUUGGGUUGAUAAACAGGACUGGACUAAUCCAGCGAUGGAUGAAUUCCGACUCGAUGGAGCUGUCAAAUGUCGAGGAUAUGAGGCAUCAACUAUUACACAAUUUUCCAUUGUAAGUCACGCAAUAGAUAAAGCUGAAAGUAUUCUGUGUUUUGAUGAAGAUCCGCUUAUUAAACGUAAUUACACAUCAAGACAUAAAUUUCAUGAGUCGUGCUGGAGCAAUGAAUCAUUGACAUUCAAUAAUCGACGUUACGCCUUCGUUGAUAUCUGUACCUCAGGCAGACGUGAAUGCAUUUCACAAUAUCGAAUUCAAAACAAAAUUUCUGAUUGCACUGACUCUCAGGAUGAACAGGCGUCAUUAACAUUGGGAAAUCUGUGUUGGAAUCUUCGAAAGCAUCGCUUCCGAUGUUCUUCUCAGCAACCUUCCUGCAUCAGUGUACAACAUUUUCAUAGCGGAUGUGCUUUAUGCAAAAAUCUGUUCGAUGAAAACUUAUAUGGCACAGGUGUCAAAUUAAGCACUAUUGCUUGUCUCUUUAGAGAAGAUCCCAACUGCUCAUUAUUGAAAAAAUACAUUAGCAACUCGUGGAUGAAUAUUUCGAAAGAGAAUGAUCCAGUCGCAGUGCAUCCUAGUAAACCGACUACUCGUCUACAGCAUCAUUACUAUUGUGAUACUAUCUGGCAGUUGCCUGACCGAUCAGACGAAUCGAGCAUCUUUUGUAAAGACUGGAUAUGUUUACCCCAUCAGUAUCAAUGUAGAACAGGACAAUGCAUCAGUCUGGUGUGGGUUUGCGAUGGCGAAUGGGAUUGUUCCGAUGCAUCCGAUGAAGAAGCCAUAAUUCUUAAUCAACCAUGGUCGAGUCACAAUGAACGGCUGAACUCGACUCUAGCUGAACGCGUUAAGAAUUGUGUGAUGCGAUAUUCCAAACAACUAUUUUCUAACUUAUGCAAUGCUUUCGAAUAUCCUUGCUAUCCAGCAAAUAUAACAAAACUGUCGGAUGUUCUCAACGGUACUCAACGCCCCUGCAUCGAUUUGAAUCAAAUUGGAGAUGGUGUUUCCGAUUGCUACAUGAGUCUUGAUGAAAGAAAUUUAGUUUCCAUUCGCGAUAAUAAUGAAAUGCUCGGAUUUAAUUUUCGCUGUAGUGGAAAUUUCUACGUACGAUAUUCAUGGGCUUGUCUAGACCAAUACUCGUGUUUUGAUCCUAUACUAUGUUCGUAUAAGAGCUGGGAUAAAACAUUUUGUUCCGGAAGGACAGAUGUCGUUUGUUUCAAUAAAACAUGUGCAAUACACGCACGAUGCGACGGUGUUCAUGAUUGCUUACCUUAUGGCGAAGAUGAAUAUUGGUGUGCUCCGGAAACUGCAAGGUACUCAUUACAACCAUAUCGUCAAACUAAAAUGCAAGUACCAGCACAAUGA